AUGCGUGGGCUCCAAGUUUGCUUGUUAGUAGCUAUGUGCGCUGCAGUCAAAGCAGGGUAUAUUGGUUACGCUAACUACGGCGGCUACACUGGGUACAGCAGUUAUCCUAGUUAUACAAGCUAUGGAUAUGAUGGGUACAACGGCUAUAAGGGUGGUCAAGAAUCAUACUAUGCGUAUCCUAAAUAUGCAUAUGAUUAUUCAGUAAAAGACCCCCACACUGGUGAUCACAAAACCCAAUGGGAAACUCGUGAUGGUGAUGUCGUUAAAGGUGCUUACUCACUCGCUGAACCCGAUGGUACCACUCGCAUAGUGGAGUAUACGGCUGACAAACACAAUGGUUUCAAUGCAGUUGUCAAGCGAAUAGGCCACGCUUAUCAUCCUCAAGUUUACAAAAAGAUAUAUAACAGUCCUGGUUACUAUGGCUACCAC